AUGAGCGGCACCAAGGAUGCCAGCCGCUGUCAGAAGGCAGUUGGCAUUGUCACCGAGCUGUGCCAGAAGAAAAGCCUGCCUGGCCUGGACCUGGACACUUGCAGGGAAUUCCUCCUGCUGCCUCCCGACCAGAGCCUGAUUGUCUCCGAGCCAGAGCUCUCCGUCAGCCUCCUUGCAGUGAUAGUUAUUGUGUGUGGACUGGCCCUGGUGGCAGUUUUUCUGUUUCUCUUUUGGAAGCUGUGCUGGGUUCCCCGGAGGCACAAGGUCAUUUCUUCUCACCCGGGCACCGUGCAGAGCGAGGCGGGCCGCAAUAAGGAGAACAUGGCAGACAAGCUCAAGGACACGGGUGCCCUAAGCUUCCUGGAGGCAGCGGUGAAGAUCAGCCACACUUCGCCGGACAUCCCUGCAGAGGUCCAGAUGUCCAUGAAAGACCACAUCAUGCGGCGCACGCGGAUCCAGAGGCAAACGACGGAGCCUGCGUCUUCCACCAGGCACAUCUCCUUCAAAAGGCACCUUCCCCGGCAGAUGCACGUAUCCAGCAUGGACUACGGCAUGGACCCACCGGCUGUGGCUGAGCAGCCAACCAGCAUCGGCCGCAUAAAGCCCGAACUCUAUAAGCAAAAAUCUGUUGACACUGAGGACCCCAAAAAAGAGGCAGCAAAGACCUGUGGGAAAAUUAACUUCACUCUCAAGUACGACUAUGAGAAUGAGACACUGACUGUCCGAAUCCUCAGGGCUUUUGACUUGCCAGCCAAAGACUUCUGCGGCAGCUCAGAUCCCUACGUGAAGAUCUACCUCCUGCCUGACAGAAAGCGCAAGUUCCAGACACGAGUCCACAGGAAGACUUUGAAUCCCACCUUCGACGAGUCCUUCCACUUCCCCGUGCCACAUGAGGAGCUGGCGAGCAGGAAGCUUCACCUGAGCGUCUUUGACUUUGACAGGUUCUCCAGACAUGACAUGAUCGGAGAAGUUAUCUUGGAGAACCUGUUUGAGGCCUCAGACCUUUCCCGGGAGACUUCCAUCUGGAAGGACAUUCAGUACGCAACGACGGAAAGCGUGGACCUGGGAGAGAUCAUGUUUUCCCUUUGUUAUCUGCCAACUGCAGGUCGCCUCACCUUAACAGUCAUUAAAUGCAGGAAUCUCAAAGCUAUGGAUAUCACUGGUUACUCAGAUCCUUAUGUCAAAGUGUCUUUGCUCUGUGAUGGGCGAAGGCUGAAAAAGAAGAAAACCACCAUAAAGAAAAACACACUUAAUCCCACUUACAAUGAAGCAAUAAUCUUUGACAUUCCUCCGGAGAACAUGGAUCAAGUCAGUCUGCUUAUCUCCGUCAUGGAUUACGAUCGAGUGGGUCACAACGAGAUUAUUGGGGUUUGCCGUGUGGGGGUCAAUGCUGAAGGGCUGGGCAGAGACCACUGGAAUGAGAUGCUGGCAUACCCACGCAAGCCUAUUGCGCACUGGCAUCCAUUAGUGGAGGUGAAGAAGUCCUUCAAAGAGUGGCACGGCCGGACAGCGAGCUUUGACAGCCAGGGGUCCUGUCCCUCGCCCAAACCCCCACCCACGCCGUGA